AAAACUACAAUCAGCCAAGGGGCGCGACCAUAUGACGUCAUCAGCAUUCGACUCCAACAGAACAAACAUCGAGCGCGGUAGUAGAAUAAAUGAAGAGCCACGUUCUCGGGAUUUGCGUAUUUUUUAACUUCUUGAUUGACCUGAUGUGGUUGCUGGCAUACCAUGGAGCCCCCUGGAAACCUCGACCCCGACAAGGAUGACCUUCCUCUACGGGCAAACACAAACCACAUACUAGUCAAGCACUACGUUUUGGACCUGACGGUUCAUCUCCACAGCAGACUCAUCAGCAGCAGCAUCGUCUUGUUCCUGGAGCCUCAGCCUGAAGCAGGUGAGGCUGAACACAGUCUGGAUGGGGCCUCAUUUCAGGAGGCAGAUACGAUGGAGUUUGGUGCAAAAGUAGAGGACAAGGAGAAGACAUGUGAGUCUGCAGAUGUACAGACUUCCCAUUUGUGGCAAACCACCAGCAGUAGUGAUUUUACUUUAGUGUUGGACUGCUGUGACCUUGAUGUGUCAAAAGUGGAAGAAGUGGACAUCACCUCUACACCAGACAUUAUGGGCCUCCUACCACAAAGUGCAUCAGAAAUCCUUUCAGGAAAUCCACAGUCUGCCUUCAUGGAAAACCUGUUCUCCAUGCCCUCCUCCCAGUGGCAGAUGAAGCAUCAAAUCUUCUCACUGUGUAGCCGUGCACCUUGUGCUGAAGACGGCAGCUCUCUGCCUUUUCACAGAGACCUCUGGAGUCUGCAAGUAAGAAAGAGGAGAGUCGAGUCAGCUCACCAGUUUCCUCGCAUUAUUAGGAUUCACUACCAGACAAAACCGUCUGGAAGCUCUUUGAGAUGGACCAAGGACCAGGACAACAAGUUGUGCGUUUACACUGCUGGCUCGCCCAUCAACAAUCGAGCCCUCUUCCCUUGCCAGGAACCACCUGUUGCCAUGUCAACAUGGCAAGCCACAGUACGGGCCCCCAGUGAGUGUGUAGUUCUGAUGAGUGGGGAGGAGCAGGCUGUUCCUACAAAGGACGGAGACACACAUUUUUUAGUCUGUAAUUACUAUGUCACCAUGCCCAUGCCUGCGUCCACCUUCACGCUGGCAGUGGGCCACUGGCACCGAGUCACAGCAGAAACUUUUCCUGCUUUGGAAACUGAGGUUGGGGAAAAACCUGACUGUGGCAAUAUGGCCAAACCCAGGCCAGAGCGAGGGAAGCCGACUGAAAGCCGACUUGUGUCUCGGCCUGGAAAGUCUUCUCGUAAAACAGUGAAGGACUCUCCUCUCCAGACUGGCAGUGGUGAGGACAUCACCAGUUCAAGCUCUGCGUUCUCCCACUCUUCCUUGGAGGAUGAAGAGCUCUCUGUAACUGAUUAUUCAGCCAUGCUGGAUGACGGCACCUCUUGUUCCCAUAGCGACUACCCUUGCCGGUUUACUGAGUUGUCUGCUUGGUCCCAGCGGGUGAUUCCACACCGCGUGUUUAGCCCUGUCUGCUUGCUGCAGAAGGCCCAGAUGAGCAUCCUCAAACUGCUUCCUUGCUGUUUGGCUGCAGCUCACGCUGUUCUUGGUGUGCACCCUUUUCCCCGUCUUGAUGUUCUCAUCGUUCCUGCUGGGUUCUCCAGUCUUGGAAUGGCCAGCCCCCACAUAGUGUUCCUGUCCCAGAGUGUGUUGGAUGCAGGAAGUCCUUCUUCUGCAGAGAGCAGUCUAUCCCUGUGCGGGUCUAGGAUUUGUCAUGAGAUUGCUCAUUCCUGGUUCGGCCUGGUUAUUGGAGCCAGGGACUGGACAGAGGAAUGGAUCAGUGAAGGUUUUGCUACCUGCCUGGAAGACACCAUUUGGGCCCAAACACAAAAAUUUUCUUCACAGGAGAGAUCAGAGCAGUUUGACCUGAAGGCACUGCUGAGGUGGAGACGGCUUUCUGAUGAGAUGCAGAACUCAAAGAAGGAACUUCAGAUUCUCAGGCCGAACAUGGAAAAGACUGGACAGGUCAGUGAAUCUGGAUCCUCGACCGUCAAGCAUGCCCUCAACCCUGAGAAAACCUUCAUGCAAGUCCACUAUCUGAAGGGCUACUUCCUCCUCAGGUUCUUGGCCAGUGAAGUGGGUGAACAAGAGUUCAUUGAUUUUCUCAGAAUGUUUGUGAGGAAAUAUCAUGGACAUCUUGUUUUGUCUCAGGAUUUCCUACAAAUGUUUCUGACUACUUUUUCACACAUGAGCAGUGAGUCCCACAAGACUGAUUAUGAGCUGAGACGAGGUGUCGUAGAUAAUCACAGGAUGCACAAAUGUAGACAAUAGAAACAAGCUUUAAACGGAAAUCUUACCGUUUCCUUCUCUUCCCAUUUAUUCUUACUUUUUCUUAUUUUUUUUAAACCAUUCAUCAACUUUGACAGAAUUUUAUUAAAUUUAAAAAGUGGCUACAACAGAAAAAAUAUGUAGAACAAAGACAUCAAUGGCUUAAAAAAACUUUAUACAUUCAAAAUCACAAACAUUGCACAAAGCUUGAAAAAGCAUCAGUGUGGUGGAGUGAGACUACAGGUAAACAUUAAAAACUUUUUUGCUCAGUUGGGAGCUGAACAUUUCAAAGUAGUUUUUCAGUUACUUUUACUGUUUUGUCCUUUUUAGCCAAUCAUCUGAAAAGUCGGAAAAUGAAUUCAAGGGUUGUCUGCGUGAUGUCUGUUUUGCAGCCAUGUCCACAAAAUGAAACUUUAUCAAACGUAAGAAAUGUAAAUCCUAAUAAUUAAAAUGUUCUUACUGCAAUUAAUAAAGAUAACGAAACAUUAAAAAAAAUAUAUAAAACUGUGUCAGUGAAUAAUGAGUCAACAUGCUUUCGGGAAAAAAGAGUAAUUGAUUUUGAUUUAAUUUUACUGGGUUAUUUCAAGCAUUAAAAAUGACAGAAUACUGUUUUACAGAAAAAAAAAACUAAACUAAAAAAGUAUAUCAAACCCAUUUAAGGCAUCAAGUCAUAUGUUCAUUAAAAUAUAAAGAAAAAAUAACAAAAUGUUAGAAUAUGAUUCCAUUUUCUUGACGGUGUAAUUACUCAUCAUUUUUACAGUAAUGUGUACAUUACACACACAAGCCACAUUUGAUUUAAUAAAUAUAUUGAUUAUAAAUUAAAGUCAUGUAGAGUUUGAUUUGUUGUUUGAGAGCAGGAUGAAACAAAUUUGUAUAAUCCCACCCCUAUUUAAUUAUUUAUUUUUAUUUAUAUAUUUUUACAUAGUUUCCAUAACUUGAUCAUCAGAUCAAGUGCAGAUUAUUACUCCAAAAUGAAGUGCUUAUUGAUAAUUCUCAGAAAAGAUUUUACACAAUUCAGUUAAUAUUAAUAUGAAUCAUGCUUCAGGAAACAGACAUGUAGUACUCAUUGAUAUUCAUCAGAAUACAUUAUCACGUUAAUCCAGUUAUCAUCGCUACACGACUGAUCAAUUAAAGUCCACUCCGAUGGAAAUUGUGUUUUUGGUGUUUUUAACAGGUUUUUGUGACAUUUUUUUCAUGAUUGAGGGCAUAUGUAAAGAAAAUUGAUCUUAAAAUAGUAUUCAAGUUUUUUUUUCUAAUUUAUAUCAUUGUGAAUCAGGAGUCGACAGAAAAUGCCAAUGGAAAGGUGUUUGACAGAUUGGUGUGACAUAGAAGCUACUACGGCAAGCCACAAGCUCCCUGCUCCGCUCCAUUCUGAUUCAUCCUUGUAGAAAAACUAGAUCCAUGUACAUUUUUUUUUUUUAAUUUAAUCCGAGCUGGCAUCUGGCUCAGAACUGUACUGCUGGAUAUCUCUAAUAUUGCUCUGCAUUUUUGUUUUGCCAGUAAUAUUAAGUUGGGGGUGUGAGGGGCUGUAAGCUAGCGGGAGAACAUGUUGACAAAGAGAACUCCUGCCGCUCUGCAGAAACUAUGUUCUAGAAGCAACAGAAGUUUUUAAAUUUUUUUAGGGACUUUUACAAUAGAUCAAAAGAAAAUCAAUAGAUUUUUAAUUAUGUUCAUGUUUAUAUGUAUCACACGUCAUGUAAUGUGAAAUAAGUAGUUGAGAAUAACUUUACAUUCUAAAGUGUCUUACUACAAAACCUUACAUAAUGGGAAUGUCAGGUUGUGCUGUAAAAAGUAGGCAAAUAUGGAAAGUUUUCUGGGUGCAGGCAGGUAGGAUUAUCAGUGGGGGUAACAG